AUGGAGGAUCCCAUCCAGCUGAAAGAGGAGGGCAAUAAAUAUUUUCAGGCCAGCGACUACGAGAAAGCUGUGCAAAGCUACACUCAAGCCAUAAAGCUCAACAAGGACAAGGCGCUGCAGGCAGUGCUGUACAGGAACAGGGCAGCGUGUUUCCUCAAAAAGGAGGAAUAUGCCAAAGCAGCCUCGGAUGCAUCUAGAGCUAUUGACAUCAAUGCCUCGGAUAUCAAAGCCUUGUACAGGCGCAGCCAAGCUCUGGAAAAAUUGGGGAAAUUGGACCAAGCAUUCAAAGAUGCUCAGAAAUGUGCCACCAUCGAACCCCGCAACAAAAACUUCCAGGAGACCCUGAGACGACUGGGGGCCAACAUCCAGGAGAAGCUGCACAUUCAGUUCUCCACGGACUCGAGGGUGCAGAAGAUGUUUGAAAUCCUGCUGGAUGAGAACAGUGAGAAAGAAAAGCGAGAAAAGGCUGCAAACAACCUCAUAGUGCUGGGGCGGGAAGAAGCGGGUGCCGAGAGGAUUUUCCAGAACAAUGGGGUCAGCUUGCUGCUGCAGCUGAUAGAAACCAAAAAUGCUGAGCUCAUCCUGGCAGCCGUGAGGACGCUUUCGGGCAUGUGCACAGGACAUAAGGCUCGGGCCACCGCCAUUCUCCAUUACCUGGGCGUUGACAACAUUUGUAUGUGGAUGUCGGUAGACAAUGAAGAAAUCUCCCUGGCUGUCUGCAACCUCCUGCAGACCAUCACCGACUGCUUGCUGGGCCAGGGGAAGGAGGAGCAUCACGGGAAGGAGGAGGCUGUAGUGCUAGAUACUAAAAAAGAUUUGAAGGUGAUCACAAUGCGUUUGCUGGAUAUGCUGGUCAGUAAGAAAGUAUCUGGGCAAGGGCGAGACCGAGCUCUCAACCUCCUCAACAAGAAUAUACCGAGGAAGGACCUGAAAGACCAUGACAACAGCAGGACCAUCUUUGUCAUCGACAAUGGCUUAAAAAAGAUACUGAAAGUGGUGGGCCAGAUUCCCGAGAUGCCUGACUGCCUGCCGCUGACAGAGAACACCCAGCUGACUGCCUCCGUCCUCCUAAAUAAACUCUACGAUGACCUGCGCUGCGACCCGGAGCGUGACAACUACCGGGUGAUCUGCGAGGAGUACAUCAAGAGCAAAAUCGAUCCACAGGACAUGGAUAAGACACUCAAUGCCAUCCAGAUGGUGUCUGGAGUUCUGCAAGGGCCCUUUGACUUAGGCAACAAGCUGCUUGGCAUGAAGGGAGUCAUGGAGAUGAUGGUUGCCCUGUGUGGGUCCGAGAGGGAGAUUGACCAGCUGGUGGCUGUGGAAGCCCUCAUCCACGCCUGCACCAAGCUGAGCCGGGCCACCUUCAUCAUCUCCAAUGGGGUGACACUCCUGAAGGAGAUCUACAAGAAGACCAAGAAUGAGAAGAUCAAAAUCCGAGCCCUGGUGGGUCUCUGCAAGCUGGGCUCAGCAGGAGGUACAGAUUAUGGACUGCGGCAGUUUGCUGAGGGGUCCACUGAGAAGUUAGCCAAACAGUGCCGAAAGUGGUUGUGUAACACCAGCAUUGAUGCCCGCACUAGGAAAUGGGCUGUGGAAGGGCUGGCAUAUCUAACCCUCGAUGCAGAUGUGAAAGACGACUUUGUUGAAGACGAGCCAGCCCUGCAAGCCAUGUUUGAAUUAGCCAAGACAAGUGACAAGACUAUCUUGUAUUCUGUGGCUUCUGCGCUGGUGAACUGUACCAACAGCUAUGAUACCAAGGAGCUGGUCCCAGAGCUGGUGCAACUGGCAAAAUUCUCCAAGCAGCAUGUGCCUGAGGAGCAUCCGAAGGACAAGAAGGAUUUUGUGGUGAAGCGGGUGAAGCGGUUGCUGAAAGCCGGUGUUGUCUCUGCCUUGGCCUGCAUGGUGAAGGCGGACAGUGUCAUACUGACGGACCAGAGCAAGGAGCUCGUUGCCAGGGUGUUUCUUGCCUUGUGUGAAGACCCCAAGGACCGCGGGACCAUUGUCGCUCAAGGCGGUGGAAAGGCCCUGAUACCUCUGGCUGUGGAAGGCACAGAAGUUGGCAAGAUAAAGGCUUCUCACGCCCUGGCAAAAAUUGCUGCUAUCUCCAAUCCUGACAUGGCAUUCCCAGGGGAGAGGGUGUAUGAGGUGGUGAGGCCCCUCGUCAGCCUGCUGAACACAGAGAGAGAUGGCCUCCAGAAUUACGAGGCUCUGUUAGGUCUCACUAACUUUUCAGGAAGAAGCGAUAAACUUAG